CCGGGCGCAGAGGGCAACUGGUGUGGGCAGCUGUCCUCAGCAUCGCAGCCCCUGGUUCAGACGCUCUGCUGGGGGUGCAAGAAGGACAUGGCCUGCCUCCCUGGGAACCCACAAUCUCGGGGAAGGAGGAAGACAAUGUUCUCACAGUGUGCUGGAUUCAGGGCAGGAAGACACAGGGGACCGUGGUACUUUGGAGGAAGGGCAAUUCACCUAGCCUCCCCGGGUCAAAGACAACCUCUUCCAGGAGGAUCCUCUCCUCCCAUGAAAAGACAAUCUUCAAUGUCAAUGCUCUGAAAAUUCUCAAAGUGUUCUAAAAAUGGUUUUCCCUGCAGGGAGGGACUGGUUGGAAUGGGCAUGGGAGCCUCCCCUUUGGGCCCAGAAGACCCUACGGCCUGACCUUCUGGAAAUUGGAGCUUACACUAGAAGCCUGCCUAAUUGCUUCAGGUUUAGACUCCCAGGCAGCAGUGAUGUUUCUGCAAGAACUGUCUUCUUUGUUCUCAGAGGUCUGUGAUAGAAGCUUCAGGUUUGUGUUACUGGCGCCCAGAGGCCGUGCGGUUUUGAUUAUUUCCCUCCUGUCUGCAGCCAUGGCUUAGAAAGAGAGAUGUUGGGGUUCCUAAGACCAGCGCUGAGGUGGAGGUGACCUCUCAUGGGCUUUCAGAGGAGGCUGGGCCUUUUGCUGACUGGCCUGACCGUGGGGCGGCUGCUGCUCUUCAGCUGGGUGCCGCUUGCUCAGCCGACCUCUCUCUCAGCACUGGCCCACCACCCCGACUUGUGCCAGACCACCUGGGACGCUGAUGGCCGCUACUAUCCCGGUUUUUUCUGUCCCCGGCUCUCUGAUACCCCGGAGGAAGCCUACUGCUGCCGCCUGCAGGCUGCAGGGGGCUCCUGCUGCACCCGGGCUGAAUUUGAGGCCUUGCACCAGGUCAACCUGUCCGCCCUUCCGCCCCCACCCAUCCUCAGGGGCCGGGGCCCGCUCCUAGCCCUGGGCCUCUAUACCCUGCUGCUCGUGGCCCUGAUGACCGCCGACCUCGUACACUUCUGCCGCGGUCGGGGUGGUGGCCGGCGCCGGGGCCUCUGCCGGCCUCCCUCUGGGUCCUCCGCCGCGCGCCCCCUGCAGGUCCCGGUGGGAACAGACUAG